UCGCUUCCUGUACAUGCUUAAAUGAACAUUGUUAAUUUAUUUUAAUUCCAUUCCGCUGCAGUUUUAGAAAAUAAAUAGAGGUAGCAGCACAGUAGGACUGGUGGUUCUUGAAGAUGGCAGUUUUGUAGUUUUGUUGUAUAUAUCCUUCAUAGUGGGUAACCAUAAAGAGAUGUUGGGGAAAGUUUUUUAUAUUCUUACUUUCAUUUUAAUCGUUGACAGCUAUGCUGGGUAGUCUCAGUGCAUUCCUUGGAAUAAAGUGAUACCCCCAACAGUUGAAUUUUUUUUCCCACAUAAAUUAUAUUUCAUCAUGGCUGGUCAAGAACAAAAUAAAAACAUGGAUUUUAUUUUGAAGUCUCUUUUAGCUGGUGGUGUUGCAGGUAUGUGCUCUAAAACUGCUGUCGCGCCCUUAGACAGGAUAAAAAUUUUACUUCAAGCCCACAAUAACCACUAUAAACAUCUUGGAUUAGUGAGAAUUUAUUCUGCAGUUGUGCCAAUUAAUAAAUCCCACAGUAAGAAAAGGCAAUCUAUAAAUAGCUCCAAGUGGAACAGUUUAGGUAGCCAAUCACAUAUUGGAAAGUUGCUGUCAGGAGCUUGCGCUGGCGGUACUGCUGUUGCCCUUACUUAUCCACUUGACACAAUUAGAGCAAGGUUAGCUUUCCAAGUAACAGAGACAUAUACAGGAAUUGUACAUACCGCCGAAGGUGGAUUACGAGGCCUAUAUAGAGGUUUUGUUCCAACACUUUGUGGAAUGAUACCCUAUGCUGGUUUUUCGUUUUAUUGCUUUGAAAUGCUUAAACUUUUGAGCAUGAAGUACAUUCCUCAAUUCACGUGUACUCCAUCGUCUAGAAACACAGGUGGCCUAGCUUUAACUAUUCCUUCUAAGCUCUUAUGUGGUGGCUUUGCUGGUGCUAUAGCUCAGAGCAUUGCAUAUCCAAUGGAUGUCACUCGACGAAGAAUGCAGCUAGCUAUGAUGAUGCCUGAGACUCACAAAUUCGGAUUUGGGAUGAUCCAGACUCUUGUCACUAUAUACAAAGAAAAUGGCAUAUUUCAUGGCCUCUAUAGGGGUAUGAGCAUAAACUAUUUGAGAGCUAUGCCAAUGGUUGCCGUAUCUUUUUCGGUUUACGAGCUGAUGAAACAAACCCUGGACCUUGAUACUGGUUUGAAAUUAUGACUUUCUCACGUACCAAAUAAUGCUCAGGGAUUAAUUCCAAUUAGUUGUCUUAGUUUUUAAUUUAUAUCUACUAAUUAAAGCAUUUUUUAACAUAAAUUAUGAUCAAAAAGAUGUGAAAAUGUUUUAUACCUUCAGAAGGUAUGCUCAUUUCAUUGUUAAAUUAACUCUAUUGUAAUUCUAUUUAUUUUUAUGUUUAAUUUAUUGAUUGAUGGAAAUUUAUUUUUUUAAUAUAUUAAAAUGAAUUAACUCUUGAUAAAAAUUGAACUUGUUUUUUGGAUUUAUAUAUAUUUUUCAAAAAAUUAAUUAUAUAAGUCCAUUUUUGGGAAGGAAACAGGGUUGUUGAAAUUAAAUUAUUUAUUUAAUAACUAUAUUUCUUUCUUUUUUUUUGAAUUUAUUAAAAAAACUUAAUAUUUUUAAAAUGGUUACUUAAACUAUUGGGUUGUUUGUGGGGUGAUAGCAUAAUUUAUAAAAUAAUGGUAUCAUAGAUUGUUACGAUUUAAUUAUUUUAUUCUAAAUCUUUUUUUGUAAUUUGUAUGAAGUUGUCCAGCUAUAUGAGACAUUAUACUUAUAUAUAACUUGUUAUAUUUUAUUUAUUUUACUAGAUUUCAACAUAACAGCCAUUGUUAUUUUAUGACAAAAGUAGUACUUAUUUGCUAUAAUGUGGACUUAUACCUGAAAUAUAGUAAGUCAAUAAUCUAACUUAUUACAUUAUUGGACUUAUGGGUUAAAUAUUGUUUAAAAAUCAGUUUAUCUUGACCCUUAGUAUUUUCACCCUACAUUAUUUUUCUUGGUUGCUAUUUAAAUUUAUCGUGCCAUUCAUAACUGACUUGGAAACUGGAAAUUCUUAAUAUUGUAGCAUAUUCAAUUUAUCAUUAAUAUGCAGUCGACAGUGGCAUUUAAAUUUUUUUUUAAUUAUUAUUUGCAUAAUUAAAGACUAAUUUACAAAUUUAAAUAAUUUAUUUUUUGAAUAAAAAAAAACUUCUAAUAAAAAUUCAAGGUUCUUAAAACUCUUGAUGUAUGGAAAUAGAAUACAAUAGAUUUCUACAACUAUCAUUUAUAUUCUAGUUGUUCCAUUGUAUAUUGUAUCAGGUUUAUAUGCAUAUAUUCUUAUUUUUGUAUAAAACUUUCUAUAACUUCAUAUAACUGGACAUCUUAUAGAUGAUCUUAUUAUUAAAUAUCUGUUUGACUGUGAUAAUUUGUUAUGAAGGUAAAAAAAAAAUUAAUGUUUGUUUCACCUAUGUAUAGUUAAUGUUAAUUUUUUAAUCAUUCCAUGACAUUGAUUUCUUGACAAUCCUAUUUAAUUAAGCACAACACAGAUUAUUGUAAUUUAAUUUUAAAAAUUGUUUAAAUUGUGUUAUUAAUUUAUGAAAGACAGAAAGAGCAGCAUGAACUAUUAUGAAAUGUGAUUUGUUUAAGAUUAUAAAUAAUGAUAAAUGUAUUGUAUUCAUUGUUUUUGUUGUUACAAUUGAUGGCAUAUUUAUGUUUUUUCAGUUUUUUUAUUAAUCAAUGAAGUUUUUUAUAUCAUUAAUGAAAGAAAUUUCUCUAAAGAUCAAGUGAGGUAGUGAAGCAUUUCAUGAUCAGUUCUCUAAUGAAACCCACUCCAUUGAAACUGUUGUUUUUGUGUAAUUUUACAGCUGAACAUUUUAUACUGCACUUAUUUCAGUAAUUUUGUUGUGAAAAACUUUUUAAAUGUUAUCAUAAAUAAUCCUUUGGUGUAUUGUAUUGUUGCAAUCCAUAAAGCUAUAAUGAAGGCCUGUAAAUUUUAUUUCAAUGUAGAAUGUUAAUUAAAAUAUUUGUUGAGAAAUUACAUGCAGUCUUUUUAAUAUUCUUUUUUUAUUCUUGAUAAAUUUAUUUAGGUUUUUAUAUUCAUUACUUUAUUUAAAUUUCAUGUUUUUUACUUAUUUUUUCUUUUAAUAAAUUUAUUUAUUUUAAAAUUUUUAUAAGAUUUGAAUAUAGCAGGGAGAAGCUAGGUUAUAAAAUUGAAUAAAAGAAAAAACAUUGUUCAAGUAUGGUUUUAACCUAUUGUUUUAUCUUUUUUAGUUUAUUCUGAUAAAAUAUUACUGUUUUCUUUUAUCAAUUUAACCCAUCAGUAACUUAAUUCUGGAAAAAAAAAGUAUAUUUGUCAGUUUAUUGCAAAAAAUGAUCAAGUGACAUUUCAUAACCUUAAAUCAAGGAACUUUGAUGAAUUUUCUUUAUGUCAAACUAGAAAAUUUUGCAUGUAGUGUAAAUUAUAUAUAGAUUUUGUCAUUUUCAAGCACUAUUAGAUAAAAAAAGGUUGAAAUUCACAAAAAUAUAUUUGAAAGUUUAGCUAUAUCAAAAAUAAACUUAGUAACUUUUGGCAAUAUACCAGUGAUAUGAUUAAUUCCGGAAACAGGUUAGGAUUGGAUUCUUUUCAAUGUACAGUACUGUAUAAGAUUUAUUUUCAGUUAAAUGAUUUAUUUGUUUCCAAUAUUUCUAUAAGAAAAUGCAUAGAAGAAAGUGGAGGUUCCUUAAAGAAGGAAGGUUUCUCUCUCCCCUGCAAUGAAUCUUUUUCCCUACAGUAGAGGGCAGGAGGAUAAAAAUUAGAGCUCCAUAACUCAAAUAGGAUAAUUUUUAUGUAUUUCCUCAUUCUGAAUCAAAUGAAACCAAAAAGAAGUUGAAAGAUUUACAUGAUUUUAACUUUAGAGUACUUUUAAAUAAAAUUAAAUUUGAUAAUUGAAGCCAACAAUGAUGGACUAAAAAUUAAAUGGAUUGAAAUGAAAAUUUAUGUCCUAAUGUGUUUAGUUAUAUAUUUCCAUUAAUACUUAUAUUAAAUUUAGAUUUUUACAUUGUUACAAUACUCAACUAUCCCCACACAAUCCUCUCAUUCAUUUAGCAAUUAAGUUUUUGAUCCAGGCAUUCCAACACACCUUCCCCACAUAAAAAAAAAAUUAUUUUGAUGCAAAAGGGUUUGGAUUGUUACAGGAAGAGGGUAAGGAAUUUAUAUAUUUCUUAUAGAAAAAUCAGACAUUGAAAAAAAAUCUACUCAUAGCAAGUAAACUCAUUUAAAUAUGGAUGAUUGUGAUAUUAAAUCCGAAAAUGAAAUUGGCUUUCAAGUGAAAGAUAUUUUAUAUGAAGCUUGAAUGUUAAUGAAAUUUCAUUCCAAAAUGAAUAUUAUUUCCAUUAAAUUAAAAUGGUUAUUUCCAAUAAUGACUUAUGUCAAAAAUUACACCUCUAUUUGAAUAAGAGUUUACCUUCAUUAUUUGCCAAUUUCACGGAGUGUUAAAACAAAGAAAUACUUAUAAAUGAGAUACAACAGAACUUUAUUUU